AUGACGCAAAGAACCGGCAAGAAGUCCCACGCAGUUUGCAGUAUCUCGUCGAGGGCCGUGCCCGCCUUCAACAACUCGCCGCUCUAUACUGUGGCACUCUAUUCUGACUUGACCUCUGGCGAAGUGCGCGUACCGGAUCAUUUCAGCCUGAUUCAACGAACCGCUCGCUUCUCUUCAGCUCGCCACCACAAAGCAGGUCGCCACUCCCACCUCUUCAUCCUCGCCCGCCACACCCUUGCCAGGUAUCACAGUCAGUACCGGUAUACGACUUACGCCUUUUGCGAGCAAGUCGGUGCGACGCAGACCCCUCCCAAGCAUCUUUCCCAAACGUUGUUCCACGGCUUCGACCCUUGCACUCGACUCGUAG